CGGCUUUCAUUUGUGUGGUGUCAUUGGAAACAUGGCUGCUUCUUCUUCUUCUUCAAUCUCAAACAUGCUCAUUAUUCCCUUUUCCAAAACACACGAACCCAUCAGCUUCAGCUUCCAAUUACCACACUCCAAAUUCCCAACAUCAUCACCUCUCACACGAACGCAACAAAAGUCAAUGAAACUCGUCACACGUGACAACUCCUCACCCACCAUCGGUGAGCUCGUGCGAGAACAAGAACAAACAACAACGCACCACAACUACAAGCCCAAGUUAGAGGAACACCUAGAGCGACUCCCGGAAGAGUGGCGCCAAAUCCACGGCGAGAGCGACUGGGCCGGGCUUCUGGAGCCCAUGGACCCACUUUUGCGGUCGGAGGUGAUCCGCUACGGCGAGAUGGCCCAGGCCUGCUACGACGCCUUCGACUUCGACCCGUUCUCAAAGUACUGCGGCAGCUGCAGGUUCACGCGCCGCAGCUUCUUCUCCUCCCUCGAAAUGCCCCACCACCUCGGCUACGCCGUCACGCGCUACCUCUACGCCACCGCCAACAUCAACCUCCCCAACUUCUUCAAGCACUCCCGCUGGUCCAAGAUGUGGAGCAAGCACGCCAACUGGGCCGGAUACGUCGCCGUUUCCGACGACGCCACCACCAAACUCCUCGGCCGCAGAGACAUCACCAUCGCGUUCCGCGGCACCGUCACGCGCCUCGAGUGGGUUGCGGAUCUCAUGGAUUUCCUCAAACCAAUCUCAUCCAACGGCAUCCCCUGCCCCGAUCACACCGUCAAGGUCGAAUCAGGGUUCUUAGAUCUCUACACGGACAAAGAAGAGAGUUGCGGUUAUGCCAAAUACUCCGCAAGAGAACAGGUUUUAUCGGAGGUGAAGAGAUUGUUGGAGAUUUACAAUAAGGAGGAAGUGAGCGUUACGAUAACGGGGCAUAGUUUGGGAAGCGCGUUGGCGAUUUUGAGCGCUUACGAUAUUGUGGAGACGGGGGUGAACGUUAUGAGGGAUAGUAGGGGUGUGGCGGUUACGGUGAUGUCGUUUUCGGGGCCGAGGGUGGGGAACGUGAGGUUUAAGGAGAGGUUGGAGGGGCUCGGGGUGAAGGUGUUGAGAGUGGUGAAUGUGCAUGACGUGGUGCCUAAGGCGCCGGGGGUUGUGUUUAACGAGCACUUGCCGGCGGCGGUGAUGAAGGUGGCGGAGGGGCUGCCGUGGAGCUACUGGCACGUUGGGGUGGAGCUGGCAUUGGACCACAAGAAGUCUCCGUUUCUGAACCCCAAUGCUGAUGCUGUCUCUGCGCAUAACUUGGAGGCUCUUCUUCAUCUGCUUGACGGAUACCAUGGAAAGGGUGAAAGGUUCGUGCUAGCGAGUGGUAGGGAUCCUGCUCUGGUGAACAAGGGAUGUGAUUUCCUGAAAGACCAUUACUUGAUUCCACCAAACUGGAGGCAAGAUGCGAACAAGGGCAUGAUCAGAAGCAAUAAUGGACGCUGGAUGCAACCUGAGCGACCAAAGCUUGAAGAUCACCCUGAAGAUAUGCAUCACCAUCUCACCCUACUGGGUCUGGCUUCAUCUGAUAUAUGAAUUAAUAUCGAAGAAGGAGAGUACAUGAGUGUUUACAGUUAUUGGACGGAGAGAAAUCUAUAGAGCUUGCCAGGGCAAAUUAAGCUGCUACUAAGACCUGGAUUAAUUUAUCAGUGAAACAUAAUUUGUGCAUGGCUGCAUGGAUCCUGACCAAAAUAAUCAUGUGGCCGGAUAAAGUUAUAAUAGUCAUCUUUAUUAGUGUUUUUCUCCAACGCCUUCGCAUUUCACGGGCAUGUAUAAGCAAUGUGAUGUCAUAAAAAGUUAAAUAGUACAAUUACUCAUUUUAUCUUUACAGUUGUACAUAUUAAAUUAUAUUUUUUUAGACUCUGCACUUAAAAUUAUUUGUUUUAGAUCUAA